CUCAGAGGCGGAGUCCAGCUGUUCGGACGGGCCAACGGUCACUCCGUGACCGACGGACUGACCGCUUGCCGUCCGGAGUCCCUCGGUCUUCCCUCGUCCCUGCGCGGAGUCUCUCGGCGAGGAUGGCGGCCGGCCUGGACUCUCUGGAGGGGUGCCUGGAGCGGCAUCUGCCCCCCGCCGAGCUGGCCGAAGCGAAGCGGAUUCUUUACGGGGAGGCUGUCAGGAAACUGGAUUUGCCGUCAGCUGCUCUGUCUGCUGCUACAGAAAGGGAGUUUGACCUACAGGGCUAUGGAUUUGGAGCUGAACCAGAGCAGCUGAGGCCCCCGCAUAUUGUCAGGGUGGGGCUGAUUCAGAAUAAGAUCCAACUUCCUACAGAUGCACCAGUUGCUGAGCAGAUAACUGCACUACACAAGCGCAUAGAAGAAAUUGUGGAGGUUGCAGCAAUGUGCGGGGUCAAUGUCAUCUGUUUCCAAGAGGUCUGGACGAUGCCUUUUGCUUUCUGUACACGAGAGAGGCUUCCUUGGACAGAAUUUGCGGAAUCAGCAGAGAGCGGCCCAACGGCAAGGUUUUGCCAAGAGCUGGCCAGGAAGCACAACAUGGUUGUGGUGUCUCCAAUCCUGGAAAGAGAUACUGCACAUGGGGAGACAUUGUGGAACACAGCGGUGGUGAUUUCGAACACGGGUGCUGUGCUGGGCAAGACCAGAAAGAAUCACAUCCCAAGGAUUGGAGACUUCAAUGAGUCAACAUACUACAUGGAGGGGGACAUGGGGCACCCGGUGUUCCAGACCCAGUUUGGGAAGAUUGCUGUAAACAUUUGCUAUGGGCGACAUCAUCCCCUCAAUUGGCUCAUGUACAGUCUGAAUGGAGCAGAGAUCAUCUUUAAUCCUUCUGCCACUAUUGGGAAACUCAGUGAAUCCAUGUGGCCCAUUGAAGCGAGGAAUGCAGCCAUUGCGAACCACUGUUUCACCUGUGCCGUCAACCGGGUGGGAACGCUCCUUGUAGGUGGUGAGGACCUGCACGCUUGCUUCCUGCUGUCACGGAUCGGGAGAAGGCAUCAGGAAGUUUAUCCAAAUCCUUUUACAUCAGGAGAUGGUGGAGAGGGACAGCAAGCAGCUUUUGAAAGCUAAGGCCAUUUGAGAUGGCACAGAAUGGGGAGGGAGCAGAGGGCAAGCCUUCGGAGUCCCUGCAGCACCUCAAAGCCACCCAUACUUUCCAUCCAGCCACACUGGCAAGUAAUUGGGAAGCAAAAAGAUUGGAGAGGCUAGUGCAACCUCUCCUUCCUGCUGGCCAACCUUCACUGCUCCUGGGAAAUGUUUCCUUAUCUGGCCUCCUCCUCCUGCCACCCUCUGGCUUCAACAAAAGGGAUUUAUGUUAUAAUAAGUUUGUUGGUCAUCUCUUUGUUGCUUUUCUUUGCAAAGGAGGAUCAUAGGAAAUCAUGGUGCAUAUGUCAGAUUGGUCUAGGGACCAUGGGUGUAGCCAGGAGUUUUGUUGGGGGGCAGACCUUUUGUUAGGGGGCCCACAGAACCUCAGUUUGCUAUGUUGCUUUUUAAAAUUGAUUUAGGAGGGCAACCGCCCCUUCCUGCCCCCCCCCCGGCUAUGCCCAUGCUAGGGACACAAGAACUGAUCUGCUAUGGAAUAAAGAUCUUGGUUUAUCUAGUUUAGUAAUGUCUUCACUGCAGGGAGCUCCCUAGCACACCCCAACACAGCAGAAUCACUUUCCCUUUACAUCAGGUGGUAGUGGUCCUGCCUAAUGCUGGGUUUGGUUGCUAUGCAUUUAAGCCCGGCACCAAGCAAGACCAGUCUCCCUUUUCAUUGGCUGAUAUGAAGGGAGAGUGAUCCUGCUUAGCCCUGGGUUCUUGCUUUGCAUGGUGCUUCAAAGGCUCCUGGUUGGAAGCUGCACAAGGCAGGCUUUGGGCAAAUUUUGUCCUUUCUGUCAAGGUCUGCCCUUACCUAUAUGAUGCAGGUGUAGGGCAGGUGGGUACAGUUUGCCUCAGUCAAGAUGGGCUUGUGGGCCAGAGGUUCCCCCUGCCCUAUUCUAACUGUUCCAUCACCCUGACUCCCAUUUUGCUACAUUCAUUUUGUUUCUCUUGCUUCUUUGCUAUUUAUGAAGCCCAUCGUGACUUUGGUCACUUUUAUGGUUCAAGUUAUGUGGCUGCUCCGGAUGGGAGUCGGACCCCUGGCCUCUCCCGCACCCAGGAUGGUCUUUUGGUGACGGAGAUGGAUCUAAAUCUUUGCAGGCAAGUUGGGG